GUAACGACGACCACAACUCGGCAAAAUUUAGUCUUUGGCUCUUCAUUUUAUUACCAAAUUAUUGCUAAUCGCAGGUGAUGAUUCAUUUCAUAACUUUAGUUUAACAGUUCCCCAAAUUUAGAAACAAUCGAGCAGAGUAGAUCUCAUUCUUAGAAUAUCGGAUACGGUAAUCAACCAAGAUGAAUUGUGGGUAUUCGUGGGACGAGUUUAAGUAUCAUAUGAGGAUCAACAAGAAACUUCUUCCUGUGAAGUUGUUCUAUUUUUUCUUCUUUGCUGGUGUAAGCAUCCUCCUACCUUACAUGCCAUUGUACCAGAAACAACUCGGUAUGACCAAAGUUGAAGCCGGUAUCAUCAAUGCAUUGAUUCCAUUCGUCGGGUCGCUGGCACGCCCCCUUCUUGCUGUGAUAGCGGACAAAGUGAAUCGCCAUAAACUCAUGCUGCUGUUAUGUUGCGUACUGGCAGGGAUUCUCCAUUCGUUGUUGGUCUUGGUGCCUUAUGCCCCAGUGCCUCUGGCCUAUCGUGACGUUGAUGUUACAUGCCUUGAUAGCAGUGAGGGGUCACACAUCUGUAAGAAGGAGAUGCUUGGAAUCUUCGGUGUGUGUCCAACACUGAAAGGCAGUCAGGCCUUGAUUGAAGCUGACUGUGAAGUAAAUUGUACAUUCCCUGUUACGGGAGAGGCAUGUUUUAAGACAGUUCCGAGUGGAAGCUGUGUGGAUGUGGUAACAAACUCUACAUCGCUAGUGUUUAGUGUCAGUCUCGUUAAAAAUGAUGAAACUGCCGUUGCAGACACCACUGGUGGUGGUGGAAGAGGAAUUUAUACUGAUGUUGCAAUCCACCGCUCUGGAAACCCUACAAAUAACGGAACUGGGAAAAAGGAUGAUUAUGGUAUUCGUCAGCCUAAACCUGUUGACAAGGACAAAUGUAGUGAAUAUCAUCUAAACGACAUCAAAUAUGCCAGCUCGUCUUACUCUACAAUGACCUGUACCAAUCAAACUGUACCACUUAGUUGCAAAUUCCAUUGCAGUAAUAUGAAAUGUCGUGAAAAUCCUGAUUCCUUCCACCAUCAAUUCGCUGUAACGUUUUGGUCAUUUACAGGAAUUUACAUGAUCGCUCAAGUAUUUUAUGCGCCUUGUUCAAGUUUGAAUGAUGCUAUCGGCUAUGAGAUUCUAGGAGACAAACGUCAUCUAUGGGGUCGACAGCGUGUAUGGGGGACUAUUGGAUUCGGCUUGAUGGCAUUACUAAGCGGCCCGAUCUUGGACAAUGUCUUACGGGAAGACGGCACGACCAAUUACGGCAUAUCUUGCUACCUCUUCAUAGGAUUCAUGGUAUUAUCAGCAAUGUCCGCAUAUGGUCUUAAAGUUCCAGAAAACUUUCACUGCUCAAAAAUGAUGAAGAAUAUUGGCACCCUCCUAAGAGACCCGAUGAUUAUCUCCUUCCUUUUCUGUCUGUUCCUCUUUGGAUUAUUUUUUGGCGCCAUCAUGUCAUUUCUGUUUUGGUACUUGCUUGAGCUAGAACAUGCCGAGUACCAGAAUACUCACAAAAUCGUCUGUGGGCUCAGCCUACUCAUAAACACACUUGCAGAGAUUCCUAUGCUGUUUUUCUCAGGGAAAAUUAUCAAGAAGAUUGGGGAAAUAAAUUGCCUCUACAUUGCUUUCAUUGCCUACGGAAUCCGUUUCCUGGGUUACGCUUUCCUUAUGAACAUUUGGUUAGUGCUGCCUAUUGAGCUGCUGCAUGGUUUCUCGUUUGGCCUAAUGUUCCCGGCGGCGUCAAUGUAUGCAAGUCGGAUAGCACCCCCUGGAAUGUCUGCAACACUACAAGGCCUUGUCUCUGCGGUGCAUUUUGGCAUUGGUUGGGGCUGUGGUCCUCUCAUCGCCGGCCCCCUCUACCAGGCUAUUGGUGGAAGCUACAUGUUCCUCACUCUCGCCGUCGUGUCCUUUGUGAGCCUCAUCGUGCUUGCUGUGCUGAUCAAUUGUGUCUGUAAGUCAUCCAGCCUCCCAGACGCUGUAUACACGAUAAACAAAGGCCAGCCAGCAGCCCACCAACUUGAACAAGAUACGGGGGAAUACCGUGAUGAUGAUGACAAUGAAGGACCUCAGGAGUAUCGUGAUGAUGGCAAAGUAGAGGAUCGGCCAGCUGAUGUGGUGCCGGACCCAGUUCCUGGAGAGGAAACGUUCCCAACAUCUGAUGAGCCCCUUGUCUUCAGAUGAAAUUGUGAAAAAGACUGCAGACAGUUUUAGUGAAGGUUGAGGGAACAUCUUGUUGGUUUAAUUGGCUUGAGUGCUGAUUCUUUGGAAUGGUAGUAUAAAGUAGAAUAGUAUAAAGAUUUAGAGAAGGUUUCUUUUGCAAAACAUGUACAUUCAAAAGCUUGAAAACACCAAGUGCCUCAUAGGAAUCCAGCCAUUCUAGACUGUGCUUUGUUGAGCGUGAAAAAAUUUGUGCUCUUGUACUUCUUUGCUAUGUCCUUUGAUAUGGGGAUGUAGCAUGUACAUAGUAAUAAGCAGGGACCGCAGCUAUAAAAGGCAGUGAAACACUGAGGUCAGAUUUAUGGGUCAUUGCACUGGGCGUCUUGGGGAAAUGAAGGAUUGAGAGUACAUGUAGGUACAUGUCGAUAAAGCCACAUCCUUAAGCUGUGAAAGUUUGGUGAAAAAUGUGAUUCAAAAUCGCGUAAGAUUUUAUCAGUAUCAUGCAUUCCCAGGUUUGUUUGUAACCUGAUGUUAUUAUCUUUGUAUACAGUAUUAUCCUCUAAUAUUAAUGGGAUUAUACAUGUGUAUCUUUUGUACAUAUCUUGUAUUAGGCCAGGUAGUGUGUCAGCUUUUGACAACUACCAUCACCAACCCCCUACAAAAAAAUUGGUGAUUUUAGAAUUUUUACCUGUCUGAAACGGUCACACUCAGGGUCGUUUGGAGUUUCGAAAAUUCGAAGACUGUGCAUUAGGAUUUUGAGAACUGAUGACGUUUACUCAAACAUUAGAUAUCACUGUAGUUUCUGAUCAUAAGAACCUAGACCAUUUAUUGUGUUGGCAGAAAAUUUCAAAAAAAAUUUAAUGCUGGAUGAUUUUACCAGAACUGCCUGCCAGUUGCGCACCUGAAUGACUCCAGCCAUAUUUCCAUGUGUACUGUAAGCAUAUGUGACCCGUCACAGCAAAACCAGGCGCAUGUCGCACAGAAGAUGAGCCAAAGUGACACCAGGAGAUAAUGGAAGAAAUUGAUUUGCUCAUAUUUCACAAAAGGCAGACAACAGAGAAUUGAACAAACAGUCCGUCUCAAGCUGCCAAGCUCAGAGCGACAUGCACCUAGUUUUGCUGUGACAGGUCACAUAUUUGAAGCACUGAUCUUGAAACUUGAAUUUGAUUUUGAUUUGUUUAAAGGAUCACAGGGUAUGUUCUCACAUGCGUAACCUUGCAGAUGCUUAAAUUUGACAGCCAAAUACAGAUUUUAGUCAAAAGGCGGAUUUUUUAAAAAUCAGAAGUCCUAAGUCUGUUGAUUUGAUGGAGAAAGUAUGGGGCUUGAUGCUUUUGUACUUACCAAAAGUUUUAUCAGCAUUUGUAACAGAUUACCUCAUUUAGAAAUCGGGCAAAAUAAAAAAUGGUAAUUGGUCUAUUCGUUGUGUGUUUAUGGUAUAAAAUUUCAUUGUUUCUCAAAAGAUUUUUAACCAUGCAUUGUAUAUUAGUGAUAUUAUUGGAACUAUAGAAUUUAGUUUGAAAAUUUGUAUCUGUUGACACAGGGAGACUGGAAUAUACCUGUUGUAUUUUAGGCGAACCACUCAUCAUAGUUAUGAUGGGAUCAUUGUGGUGUAUUUUGUUUUGUAAUGUCACUUGCAUUCUAAUUCUAAACACAUCUAAUCUCUCCUAUAGAUGUUGAUCUGGGUAACAAAAUUUCCUGGUUACUCGUUCUGAUGACAGGUGUUUAUAUUAUACAAGAAGAUGUUCUACUGUUGAUCUCUCAGGCAGACCUAAUUGCAUGCUCUGUAUCAAACUGCAAUUUAUCCGUCUUCUUCUGCUUGGCAUUGUAUAUCCAACAUGUUAUUAUGAUCAUUUAUUAGAUAAUGGUGCUCCUUGGGCUUCUUUAUUAUCAGUUUUCUUUUACCGGUUGUCAUGUUCACAUUUUUUUGUUCCCGGUGCACAGCAGUCAACAGGUUUCCCAAGUGUGAGAUGAUUGUAACAAAAGAGAAGAAGAGCCAUUUUCUUGUUUAUGUACUGUAUUUGUACG